UCAGUGUCAUUUGUGCUUCAUAGCUGUAAUUUUGGUUGUGCGGUAAACAAAAUAAAACAUAACUUAAAAAUACAUUUAUACGUAGUUUUUUAAUAUAUUAGUUUAAUAUAAAAGUGCAAUAAACACUUAAAAAUGCUGCCAUUAUCGUUAUUAAGAACAGCACAGAACCAUCCAAUGUUAGUCGAAUUGAAGAAUGGUGAAACUUACAACGGCCACCUCGUUAGUUGCGAUAACUGGAUGAAUAUAAACUUACGAGAAGUAAUUUGCACAUCAAGAGACGGUGACAAGUUCUGGAGGAUGCCUGAAUGUUACAUUCGUGGUAGUACAAUAAAAUACCUUCGGAUACCUGACGAGGUUAUAGAUAUGGUUAAAGAAGAAUCGCAAAUCAAAGCUCGUGGUCGUAACGAAGUAUCUAAAGGUCGCGGUGGUCAGAACAUGAGAUCUGGACGCGGAGGCGGUCGUGGUGCGUUCGGAAACCGCGGCAGACCUGCACCGUUGUCGAGAGGUGGCGGGAACACUGGUAGAAAUCCACCAAACAAAAAUAAGAAGUAAUGUAUAGAUAAAUUGUAUUUAAUAUAUUAAGAUCUUUUUUUA